AUGGCUUCCGCUGCGGUGAUGUCGCGAUUCCCUUCUUGUCGUCUGCUUGUCUCCAGACCCGCUUCCACCCUACGAGAGUCGCGGAAUGUGUACAGACUGCGCGAUGCCGCACGGCCACAAUUGCCUCUCUACGCUUCCCUUGCGAGAUACUAUGCCUCGAAAUCUUAUCCUCCCCAUACUAUCAUCAGCAUGCCAGCAUUGUCGCCCACAAUGACCGCAGGUAACAUCGGCGCAUGGCAGAAAAAGGUCGGCGACACACUGUCACCAGGCGACGUCCUGGUCGAAAUUGAAACAGACAAGGCACAAAUGGACUUCGAGUUCCAAGAAGAAGGUGUUCUUGCGAAAAUUUUGAAGGAAGCUGGAGAAAAGGAUGUUUCUGUUGGGAAUCCCAUUGCCGUCAUGGUUGAAGAAGGCACCGAUAUCGCCCAGUUCGAAUCAUUUUCCCUGGAAGAUGCUGGCGGCGAUAAGAAGCCAUCUACUGAUAAGACUCCAAAAGAGACUCCCGAGUCCUCAAAGGGACCUGAAGCCGAAGCCGAAGGCCAAUCGCUCGCACAGGACGAGGCUAAGCCCGCCGCAGAAGAACCAGAUAUCACUGGGGAACGCCUUCAACCAUCCAUUGAUAGAGAACCCUUGAUCAGCCCGGCUGCCAAGGCCCUUGCUUUAGAACGUGGAGUGCCAAUAAAGACCCUCAAGGGAACAGGCCCUGGAGGUCGAAUCACCAAGGAAGAUGUUGAAAAAUACCAGCCCACCACGCCCGUCGGUGCUGCUGCAGGCCCAACCUACGAAGAUAUUCCUGCCUCAUCAAUGCGUAAGGUCAUUGCUAGCCGCCUCACUCAAUCCAUGAAGGAUAACCCCCAUUACUUCGUCUCCUCAACUUUGUCCGUCACAAAACUCCUCAAACUUCGCCAAGCUCUAAACUCCAGUGCAGACGGCAAAUACAAGCUCUCCGUUAAUGACUUCCUCAUCAAAGCAUGUGCUCUCGCACUUCGCAAAGUCCCCGCUGUCAAUUCAGCUUGGAUUGAGCAGAAUGGACAGGUUGUGAUUCGCCAGCAUAAUACGGUUGAUAUUAGCGUUGCGGUCGCGACUCCUGUUGGGCUCAUUACUCCCAUCGUGAAAGGCGUGGAGGGACUUGGCCUGGAAAGCAUUUCGCGUCAAGUUAAGGAUCUCGGCAAGCGUGCCCGAGACAAUAAGCUAAAACCUGAGGAGUUCAAUGGUGGCACCUUCACCAUCAGCAACAUGGGUAUGAAUCCUGCGGUUGAAAGAUUUACUGCUGUGAUCAACCCUCCUCAAGCUGCUAUACUUGCUGUCGGGACUACACGAAAGGUAGCCGUGCCUUUGGAGACGGAAGAGGGUACUGAGGUGCAGUGGGACGACCAGAUUGUGGUCACUGGAAGCUUUGACCACAAGGUGGUCGAUGGGGCAGUUGGGGCCGAGUUCAUGCGAGAGUUGAAGAAAGUGGUCGAGAACCCUCUUGAACUUAUGCUAUGAAAUGCUUUUACCCUUUCUCUGUUGUUCUUUUCCAUUAGACUUUGGCCAGCGACAUUGACCUUGACGCUGUGUUUUCCCCCAUUUCUUUCUUCCAUUUGUACUAAAAAUGUAUUACUGUAUCCCACGACCGUUUUAUUCCCUCUUUGUCUGUGCUAAUUUCUCUCUCUAUGUUCAGUGGAAUAUUUAAAUACCAAUUUGCAGU